AUGAAGGUUAUGUCUUUCAUUCUGGAUCAGUGGUUUGAUCCCUUGUCACCUUUGUUCUACUUACGUUAUGAGACAAAAGAUACUAAUUACAUAAACUUUUAUAUUGGUGGAAAUCUUUUCCGCAGUUUGUCCUAUUUCGUUUUCGAAAUACUUGAAGGGCAGCUUUUGAUCGCAAAAUCUAUUGUUCCCAAAGCUUUAAUAUACUAUAAUGGAGCUGCAAUGCGUUCGGAAAAGUGUGAUAGGUUUAUUCUCAAACGUGUACUACACCUUCAAAAUCCCAUGGUCAUGUUGUCCACUGGUUUUGCGCAUUAUUGGUGUGAGCAACGUCAUCACACCUUUUGUCGACAACAAGAACCAAAUUUUUUCGCUUGUGACAACGGGACAUCUCUCCAUUAUUCAGCGAACUGUUUAGUGUAUAUUGAAAGAUGGAAAGAAUGUCCGAAACUAAGCUUAUACCGACAUGCAUAUUAUAUUGAAAGCAUCAUUAAAGAAAUAGCAACUGCAGCCAUGAAUUUACGACUGAAUUUAAUCUCGCAAGGUUCCUUGGGUCUGGACCAGGAUCAUCAAAUAGUUCACAAGAAAUACAUCUCAAGCCGCUGCGUACUUUAA